AUGGGAAGCACACGUAUUUGUGUUCAAUUGUGCGUCUAUGUGACGUUCGUCGCCGCUAUUGUCAUCACAACUAACCGAGAUAUAUUUGAAUGCCCGGGUCCAUUGAUGUAUUACAAGGAUCUUAGGUGCACGCCAAUAUACGACGACAAGGACAAUUGCCCGAAAAAGUUUAACUGUAACCAUAUCAAACUAAGAUCUAGGAAAAAGUGUUACAUCAACGGUCGUGUAUAUAAACCCAAUCAAUUCCUUUAUGAUAAAGAUUCAAAUGUUUGCGAUACCUCAUGCAUUUGCACACUCUCACCUAAUCGGAAUCAAAUUGCUGCGUUUGACUGUAUAAACUUUCAAUGUCCCAAAAAAAAAAUAAAAGAUGGUUGCUAUUUACGGCAAGACCCAACAAUAUGUUGUCAAAAUCCAAUAGAAAUUUGUCCUAAAACACAGCAAGAUAGACCUUUUUGUAUUGUAAAUAAUCAUAGAUAUCUUGAUGGUGAAUAUUUCAAAGUGAAUGAAGAACCUGAUUUGAUUUGUAUCUGCCAACCAGGAUACAAACAUGAAAAUGUUCCACCUUACUGUAUGAAGCCUAACCAUUCCCCGUGUCACCCUGCAUUCAGUCACGAAGAUUAUUUUAAUCGAAAUUGUGCUCCAGUUUAUAAUUAUUACGAAAUGGACAAGUGUCAUGUAAAGAUGUUAUGUCAGGUUUCUGGCGACACUACCAUUCCUAGACAAUUACCUUUUAUAAUGGAUGAUGACUGGAGUAAUAUGUGCAUAUUUGGUAAUUUGUUAAUGCGAAUUGGAGACAGACUAGAGCCAUCUUCAAUUUAUACCAUCGAUUGCAUUUGUGAAAUACCACCUGUAUUAACUUGUAUACAUAUAUCAUAA